UUCAAUGUUAAAUGUAUGAAUACAAUAAAUGAUAUUUUUAAUAUAUUCAGAAGUGGACCACGUGAUCUCACAAUGAUUGUUUUUCUCAUUGAUGAAAUUAGAACCUGCCUGACUCGAUUUUUACGAAAAGAUUGCGAUCUAACCAAAAGAUAUUGCUUUAAGAAAAUGUUUCACUUUCUGAGGCAAUGUUUGGUGAAUGCAAAGUGGGAAUUAAAAAAAAAACCUCACAGCAAGCAACUUAUAGAACGGAUGGCUACUAUUGUGGCCCAAUGGCUUCAGCCUGAAAAAGAAGUAUUAUUCUCGUCCAUAAAAGCAUCAUUAAAUAAUAUCAAACAAAAAGUACUGAAUCAGCUAAGGAACAAAUAUCCCGACCAUUUAAUAUUCUCUACGUCCGCCGAUAAAUUUUUAUAUUGGGAAAACAACAAUAUCGACAAUAAUUAUUGGAACGAAGCAGAAGGAACCCAGAUCAUGGAUGCACUUCAGGAAUAUUUAUUUGAUGACUUCAACUUUCAACAAAUGAACUCAGAAGACAAAAAAUUGGAACACAGUUGUAUAGAUAAUGUCGUAGAAAAUAAAUGUGGUCGAAACGUAAUUUUCUCAAUAAUAUAUCACAGUGUGGCCAGAAGACUUGGUUUACGAUGCGAUAUAAGAACAAAUAAUUUAGCACUAAUAAUAUAUUGGAAACCCGAUUAUGCCACGAACAGCUUACAAAAUGUAAGGUGUAUUAACAUAUGUAUUCAUCGCUACAUUUGUCGUAGCGAAUAUUCUAUAAUUCCAAUUGAUGAGUUACUACUACUAAUACUACGUGUAUUUGAGGAUCCACCCUAUUACAAUAAUACUUUCAUGCAAACACCACGUGAAAUACGUAAUUAUAGAGAAUCCAUUCAUGAAAGGAGUAACCAAGAGAGUAUAGUUUACUCUGAUAUAGAAAGACAGAUAGAUGAAAAACCGAAAUUUGUGAUUGGAAUGAUCGUAGUACAUGAGUGUAAAGGUGAAUGUUAUCACACUAUCGUAGUACAUGAGUGUAAAGGUGAAUAUAAUGACACUAAUAAACGUAAACAUAAAACCAAUACUGCCGGUGUAAUAGUCGGAUGGUACAUUAAUAAACACAAAAUUACGUUUGUGAAAAAUGAAACAAUGUACUCUCGUAUGCACUUCAACACUUGUUGUAAUUUGGGAGAUCCAGAUGACCUUAUACAUUACAUAAUUCUUACGGAAAAUAAUGAAAUGUGUUGUGUAAAUGAAGACGCCCUGACUCUGACAUUUGCAUGGAUCGAAAAUAGUGAAAUAGGUCGAUAUUUUAACCAAUUCAAAGGCACACAUUACGUGCCAAAUAAAAUGUUGGCAAAACUUUAUCCACAUGAUACCGCUAAAAUUGCCACCCGACAUGGUAAAAAUGUGGCUACUUAUAAGCAGCAGUGCAUUACUAACAAAUAACGAUUCGUCGAAUCGACGUCGCCUCAACAUCGAAUCGACCAAUUCGUCGUCGAUUCAACAUCGAAUUGACGUCGAAUUGACUAUCAUUUCGCGCUGAGUAAUUAGAGCGCGUAAAUGUUAUAGUAAAUUAAAAUUAUUAUAAUACAAUAGUAAUAUCAA